AUGGCUGAAGCGCAAGCUCAGGGCGUGGAGGUGCAAUGCGUGCCGGAGAACAAGAACCUUCCGCCGCUGCUCGCGUCGUCAGAGCCCGGCGCGGACGAGCAGCAGCUGGGUCUGCGCUGCCGCUUCACGCGCAGCACGGGCGAGACGGAGGAGUACCCGGCUACCAUGAAGAAAGCGGGAAGCGGCGCGACGCAUUUCAGCUGCUGUUGCCCGUCCGAGGCCGUUCCGCGUACGGACUCGCGCGCGGCGCUGGUUUGGGGCGCGGAAGGCGAGGCGGAGGUGGCGUGCCGCGUGGUGGAGGCGCUGGAGGAGAAGAACGCGCCCGCCGUCAAGGAGCUCUCCGCUGCCGCUGUGUUUCGCAGCAUGUCGCUGCUCGAUCGUUUUCUGGCCGUGUGGAUCCUGCUCGCCAUGAUCAUCGGAGUGCUCCUCGGCUACUACGUGCCCGCCAUCCGCGACGCCUGGGAGACCGUCUCCGUCGCCAGCGUGUCGCUGCCCAUCGCCAUCGGCCUCUGGUGGAUGAUGUACCCCGUGCUUUGCAAGGUAGGGUUAUUUACCCUGCGCUCAGCAGCAAGGUAUGGUUUUUUUCCCAAGGCCGUAAAGAGAUCCACCAUCACUCACCCCCCAUUCUUUUCCCUCCACUCUGCCCUCCCGUUGCUCUCUUCCCCACCACCAGGGCUGGCAUGGGCCACUCUCCCCGACCAAGCAGGGCUGCGCUCAGGCGUCAUCCUGGUGGGCAUAGCGCGUUGCAUCGCCAUGGUGCUCAUCUGGAACCACCUGGCGGGCGGCAACGCCGAGUUCUGUGCCAUCCUCGUUGCCGUCAACUCCAUUCUGCAGGUGAUCCUGUACUCACCACUUGCCAUCUUCUACAUCGACGUUGUCUCCCAUGGCGGGUCAGUAGAUGUGUCCUUCUGGACCGUAGCCAAGAGCGUCCUCAUCUUCCUCGGCGUGCCUCUCCUCGCAGCUGUCAUCACGCGCUUCACGCUGCGCGCGCUGCUGGGAGCCAAGUGGUAUGAUGAGAAGUUCCUGCCGUGGUUCGGCCCCACGGCGCUGCUCGGGCUGCUCUUCACCAUCUUUGUCAUGUUCUCGCUGCAAGGCCAGAACAUUGGGAACAACAUUGGCAAGUGUUUGUCACCCCCUGCUCCCCUCUUGUACCCCAUCCCCAUCCCUUCCAUCAUCCAGGUCGCUCGUGUGUCUGUGCCUCUCCUGAUCUAUUUCGGAAUCGUCUUCUUCAGUGUUAUGGCCCUCUGCUGGCGCCUUGGGUUCGCCUACUGCGACGCCGUCACGCAGUCUUUCACCGCAGGGAGCAACAACUUCGAGCUCGCAAUUGCCGUCGCCGUGGCAUCCUAUGGCAUUGGCUCGGAUGAGGCCUUGGCAGCUGUUGUGGGGCCGCUGAUUGAAGUGCCUGUGCUUAUUGGUCUCGUUUAUGUCACGCUCUGGAUCCGCCAGAAGCUUCAGUGGAAGAACCACGGAGCUGUUCUGGAUGCUGAUGAUUUCUUGGAGAAGGAAUGA